AUGUUGGCGUCGAAAAGCAAUGCAAGAAUAACAAUAAGCCAGCAACUAGGAUACAUAUGUCCAGAAUGUCGCAUCCGCCUCCGAAGACGACUUGCUGCACAGCGUCCCUCUAUCCUUGCCGCCUCUAGACAGUCUCCUGAUUUUACCGGCGAUCAACACAAACAAUCUGCCCAAAGACGAUAUUUCAGCACAAACGGCGAACUUCGGUCGUUGGAACAGGUGACUCACCACACUGACCUGCCGCUUCCCUCAGGCACGUCGAGUGCACCGAAGCCGAAUGCGAAAGGGAUAGGGCUCGGGAACUCCAUUAUCCGCGAUCAUUUAAGAGCAUGGAGCAUUCAGAACGAGAAGGACAAGCUAAAGAGAGCCGAAGCUGGCUUCCAAGGCCCAGGAAGACUGACCGCACUUCCCGAUUCACUCUUCAUCGAAGAAACAAGAUUUGACGAUGACCAUCGAGAUCUGGACCCAGAGCUCUCACAAUAUGAAGAUGAGCUCGAGGGCGCAGCGAUAUACAAUUUCAAUGUCGGUGAUUUGUUAUAUUUGGAGCCGAGGAACGUCAGGUUUCGUGCACAACUGGCCGUUUUUUUGGGUAUCAGCGGCUCUCAGGCUCAAUUUUUCCUUGCCGAUGGCAGAUGGCUGGUCGAGAAACCGUCAAACCUGACCAGCCCGAUCUUACCGCAAUUCGCCUCCGCCGAAGAGGUUCAACCGAUCCAGAAGCACCUCCCGAUAAAGCCUGUGGAGAGGAAGGUAGAAAAUCUAGACAUUAAGGCCAGUGAACCUUUUGCCGACGAUGUCCCGUAUGUGGAUGCGGCCCCUCUAGUGCAACGCCUUGCAGAUUUUACGGAGGAGAUGUUGUCUUUCCGCCGAGAACACAUUCAACUUCUUGAUUCUCUGUAUGAGCGGAUUGCCGAUGAUGAGCACUACACUAGCCUCUCGUUUGACGGGCUCCUCGCCAAGUUGUUGGGUGCAGGAGAGUCAAAGGAAAUCUCCCAGGCAGCCCGGAUGAUGGUAUAUCUUUCGGUGAAAAAAGAACCGGCCUUCAUCCAACCAGUCGGCGCCAGGAUUAUAGAUUCGGGCAAAUUCAUCAUUACUCCCAAACGACUUGCCGCGACGUUUACACAAGUUUGCGGUUGGGCUCGACAAUAUCAAGAAUCCGCAGCUCAGGCAGCCCAGGGGAAGGACGUUACCAAGAUCCUGGAACGCAACCCGCUUCUCGCGUUCAUUGACAAGGCAAGGCGUCUCAUCCUCAAAAGCCGCGCUCUCCGCUCUCCAACAACCACAGGCAGUCUUGGGCCGAGCUCCGUCCAGUCCAUCGUGGAUUCCAAGGUCGCCACCAUGCCCACGGGAGAAACCUUCUCUGAGCACGACAAAAUGUUUCUGGAAUUUCUCUGGGACACUUAUAUCCGUCAACCAGACUCCAAGAUUCGUACUCGCCAUCAUUCCAUCGGCUCGCUGAUUCUCCGAGCUAUUGGCGCGUACCCCAAGCUUCGUCUUGAACGAAAAAUUGGCAGCCUUUUAUUGCAGGAACUCGGAGUGCUCUCUCCAUGGGCAGAAACCAUUGAUCAGAACGUGACCCUUCAAAUACCCGGGCGGAGGGGAUGCCACGAAUUGGAUGCGCUCUGUCGCGAAUCCGACAAACUGUGCGAAGAAAUCGGGUUGAAUGAAGCACCCAAUGACAGGCUGCUCCACGAUUCCAUGGCUUCAUUACGACAAGACUUUGGUGAAAUCCCCGCAUUUUGCGUGGACAAAACUUCAACCGCCGUCAGGGAUGAUGCAUACUCUCUUGAACCUAACGACGACGUCCCAGGCACCUACUGGAUACACGUUCACAUUUCGCAUCCCUCAGCUUUUUUUGAUCCGGAGCAUGCCUUCUCCAAGAGAGCCCGUGCUCUUUGUCAAAGCUUAUAUCAUGUCAACUUUACUCACCCGAUGUUUCCUUGGGGACUUGCUGAAGCCUUGAGCAUCAAGGAUAAUGGCCCGGCGCUCACUAUUAGUACCUUACUUACGGAGGAUGGCGAUGUUAAAGACAUCAAAAUUUGGCCCACCAGGCUCCAGAACGUUGUCGUCCUGGAGCCAGAAGGGGUGGAUGUGACUCUCGGAGCACCCUUGGAGGAGAAAGCUUACUUGAUCGUGGGCAAUGACGAAGGGCACAUCGUGCCCUCUGGUAUCGAGGUAUCGGCAGAGGCCAUAGAGAAGGCCCAGAGACAUCGCCCCGUCCUUGAAAAACUCUACAGUUUGUUGCUCGCUCGGAAUGAAGCCCGUCGUCGGGACGUUCCUGAAUAUGCCAAUUGGUGGAUCGGCCAACCAAGCUGUCAAAGCCUGGUUUCCUACGUUGAAGAUUACGACCCCGACCGUCUCUUUCAGAGCUACCACUACUACGGCGACCCGGCCAUCAAGUGCUUUGCCGACCGCUUUCCGAAGCACACUCGACUAGCAGAAAGCACCGACGAAUAUUCUCUGACUAACAUGGCCAUGAACCUCGCCGGCGAAUCUGCGGCGAAAUGGUUGGGAGAUCGGAACAUCCCGGCCAUCUUCUCAGGGGCUCUCACGCAUCCAGGUUUCCCAAUCUCCAAGCUCAACAGUAUGGGUCGUUAUGACCCGAAAUUUCUUCCCCUUUCGACCUUCUCGUCGUCCCCUGUUCCCAAUGUGUUUCUCUGUGCCACCGCGUACUCACGUAUCAGCAGCCCACUCCGGCGAUUUUCCGAUCUCCUAUCACACUGGCAAGUGGACGCGUAUUUGCGAGCGGAAGCCGCUGGAUUAGUCACGCAAAAAGCUGAUGCCAGCACCAUUGAGCUCCCUUUCACGAAAGAAAUGGUGGACGAAUAUAUCUCAGUCGACACCGCAAGGCUACGGGAGACACCACGUGUGAUAUCCAAGGUCCCCCCCAAAGAUUGGUCUAUGCGAGCGCUCUUCCGCGCCUUUCACUUCAAAGAAGCAGAAUUACCGGAAAAGUGGGAUCUGAGAGUGUCGACUACCUCGAUGAAAAUGACUACCCCGGACGACAGUAGGCUGCGGGGGUUUCUCUUGCCUUUCGGUUUCUUCGCGAAAGUGUUGACCUCGAAGGAGGGAUGGGAGACAGACUCAUGGCUUGGUGCUUAUCUACCGGUAAAGAUUGAACUUGUCGACCUGGACACGAUGUGUGUCUCAUGUUGUGCCAUCGGACCGCCCCGCAACACGUUCAACUUCACGGAUCCUAUCAGGAUCGCCCCGAGACCUGUAAAACCAUCACAAAAGAACUGA